AUAACGCCAAAUCUCCAGAUAAAUUGUCAUAUAAAAUAGUUUGAAAUAUUUUACAGCAUUAUAGUUGUGAGAUUCAAUCACAGGCAAUAAACCAACAUCAAGAUGAAAUUCUUCAUAGCUUUCGCGCUCAUCGCUACCGUGGCUUCGGCCGCUUUUAAUACGCCUAUCAAGCCCACCGUGGUCCCCAGUGAGAUACAUGAAAUCAUUGCAGCCAUCAACAACCCCAGCACCGACCCCGCCACUGCCGCCGCACUCGAGCAAAUGCUUUUAGACUUUUACGGUGUGGAAGGAAGCCCCAUCUCUGUUGGCCCUGUUAUCGUUGAAAACCCUGAGCCUGAACCUAUCUCGGUCGAUCCCGUUAUCGUGGAUCCUGUCAUAGUGAACCCUAGCCCCGUGGCUGUUCCUGAAUCUAGCAGCGCUCCCCUCGUGCAAAUCAUCUUGAACAUCAACCAAGCUCAAUCUGGACCAGUUGCCAUUCCCCCCGGUGUUGCCCUUAUCCCCGAAAUUGUUGGUGAGCCCGUCCAGAUCGUGGACAGUCCCCCUGAAACCGUUCAGGUAGUAGAGACUCCAGCCGUCGUUGACCCUGUUUUGGUGGUAGAAUCCGCUCCUACUCCUGCUGAGCCCAUCAUUGUCUCUCCUCCCAUUCUCCCCGUCCCCAUAAUUACUCUCCCUGAUGAACUGAACUAAAUAUUAGAUUAAGAUAAUUGGAGUAUUUUUGUUCUUAUAGAAUGUGUUCCUGACAAGCGAUUUAAUAAAUAUAUAUCUCAUUA